AGGCCAGGAGAUUACGAGUUGUUCUAUCGUCCAGCUCAAGAAACGCUGAGCCUAAUCAGUUUGAGUCGUGAGGCAAGCGAGGAAGGUUGCAACUUGGAAGAUGUUUCGAAUUCGCUCUACAUGGCUACUGGGAAUUAUGCUGGUGGCGCUGCUCGGUGCGCAUUCAACGGAUGCUUACCUAUGCAUGUGCUCCCCGAUGAGCUGCGUACUGAUCCACCCUAAUACGGACUUUUUCAACAAUGCUGAGAAUUUCUGCUCCAGUUUCCGUACGGCAGCCCACGAUAUUUCCAUCAUUAAGCUGAUGGAUACUAAACUGUCUCCGGAGGCGUUCAAUAAAUUUCCGAACAUGACGACGCUUGAGAUUUUUCAAGGUCAGCUCGAGAAAAUUGACUCCGAGACGUUCAGUGCAGCGGGAAAUUUGCAAAAACUGCUGAUCAGAGGAAACAGUCUGACGAAAUUGAAUGAUCACACAUUUAAGGGUGCCGACAAGUUGAGAGAUUUGAUGAUCUCAUCCAACCCUUUGAGUAGUAUUGAGGAGAAUGCUUUUGCCAACUUACGGCAGCUGGAAAUGCUGAUUUUGGCUCACGGUGAACUCACGUCGCUACCGAAGAAAGUGUUCCAACACAAUCGAAUGUUGAAGAUCAUUUCUCUGAAUGGCAACAAACUGGAAUCUAUUGACUCUGAGGUGUUUGUUGGUCUGGAUGACCUCACGAAGCUCGAGUUGCCGGAAAACAAUCUGAAAGUGUUCGAUUUCAAAUCGCUGAAGGCAUCGGUUAUUGUGAUGAAUAACAACAGUUUGACCGAUUUGACUAUCAACGAGCAUUGCAAUACAAUGUACGCAAGCAAUAACGAAAUUCAAACAAUCACAGUGUUGGGGAACAACCUUAGUAAACUUUCAGUGAUCAAUAACAAAAUUCGCAACAUUAACAAUAUUACCAAAGCGAAAAAUUUGACCAGUUUAUCUUUGGGCAGCAAUCCUCUGGAUCCAAAUACAUCAUUCAGUUCGCUUACCUCACUUGAAGAGCUGAUGCUGCAGUCCACUUUUCUGAACCUCACCGAAAACACGUUUGCCGAUAUGAAGCAACUGAAAAUUCUGGAUCUCUCUUACAACAACUUAACCGAGGCAAACUUCAGAAUUCUCGGAUCCGUAAGUUCACUGCAAGUUCUGAGUUACGUAGGCAAUCAGAUCGCCAGCUUCAACUACAUCGAAGCACGAGAAUAUCUUCCUCGACUCCGCGUUCUUGAGAUAUGCAAAAACGGCUGGAACAACACGUACUUCGAGACGAACAUCCUGAGAAUGCGCCGCUUCCAGCUUAGCCCAGAUGUGCACGGCUUUUCGUCGCACUUCCUGUUCCGAGACGACUACAUCAGGAUGUGCUCCGAGAAGCUGAUCGACGACUACAACUACGAGGACUACGUGGAGCAACCGAUCGAUGUUGAGGACGAAAUCAGAGCAUCCUACCCCAAAGAAUUGACCACGACAUCCACUUCCACCACCACAACGACGACAACGACUACACCAGCCCCUACAACGACCACUAAAGUCGCUACCACGACAACGGAACGACCGGCAACGGCUAAGGCCACCGGAGAACGAACCACCGAGAAGACAAUGCAUCAUGUACUGGAGCACAACACGGACAUCGGACAGCGUAAAGUAACGGCAAUUGAGCCGACCAAGGCGGCAUCUCCGUGGUUCAUCACCUUCCAAGUGCUGGUCUACGUUCUCUCGGUGGUUGGCUUAGGUACUCUGGUGUUCGUUGCCUACCGCUGGAGAAGGCGUCAACUCGGUGCCAGACCACUGGCCGUAAGCACCGAAACGGCCGAUUCAGUACGAUUGAUAUAGGUAGAGUGUUGUUGUGUCAAUGCGGUGAUAACGCAUGGAAAUAAGAGUAAGUGAAGUGAUAAUCGGGAAAAAGGAACUGUCUUUCGGUCAGCAGUGUUACCGAGACUCGAACACUAUUAAGAAAACGAAGAUGAUAAUAAGUGUAAACAUGCGGCAAUUCAAAGAUUAGGGAUUCCCUGAAGAGAGUGAGUUUGGAUUCAAUAAAAGUUAAUUCGAGAUUUAA